CAUUGAUUUUACAGAUAAAUUUUAGAAAAAGGAACAUUCCUGGAUGAAAAAAAUGGAGUAAAGAAAUGGUUAGGCAGAGGGUCACCCCACAUACAAGUGGAGCAGAGAAAAGUAUGCGACAUGUAAUGGGAUUUCUCGACUACAGAUUAUGAUUAUCAUUAUUGUCGUUUCUGUGCAAAUGUACUCUAUAUAUAUCCAGUCAACAAUGGUACCUGUUCUUUAAAUUUAGGUGGAGAAAUAAAGAAGCAUACUAUAACCACUCUGGAACUGAACCUGCACAGAGUUGUUUCAAAAUGUGGAGGCUAAACAUAGCGGAGGGAGGUUCUGGUAAGGAUCCAUACUUGUACAGUACAAAUGACUUUGUUGGGAGGCAAACUUGGACGUUUGACCCGGAGUAUGGAACCCCGGAAGAAAGAGCCGAGGUUGAAGAGGCUCGAAUCAAUUUCUGGGAUAAUAGGUAUCAAGUUAAGCCUAGCAGCGAUCUCCUUUGGCGAAUGCAGUUUCUGAAAGAGAAGAAUUUCGAACAAACCAUACCUCAAAUAAAGGUUGCAAAUGAGGAAGAAAUCACCUACGAGACGGCCACGACAACAUUACGACGAGCUGUCCGCUUUUUUGCAGCCUUGCAGGCCAGUGAUGGUCAUUGGCCUGCAGAAAAUGCUGGCCCAUUAUUUUUCCUUCCACCAUUGGUUAUGUGCUUGUAUAUUACAGGACAUUUGAAUACUGUAUUUCCUGCAGCACAUCGGAAAGAAAUCCUGCGUUACCUUUAUUGUCAUCAGAAUGAGGAUGGUGGCUGGGGAUUACAUAUUGAGGGCCACAGCACAAUGUUCUGUACAGUCCUGAGCUACAUCUGCAUGCGUAUUCUUGGAGAAGGACCUGAUGGCGGUUUAAAGAAUGCAUGUGCCAGGGCAAGAAAGUGGAUCCUUGAUCAUGGUAGCGGGAUAGCAAUACCAUCCUGGGGCAAGACUUGGCUCUCGAUACUUGGCGUAUUUGAAUGGUCAGGAACCAAUCCAAUGCCUCCAGAAUUUUGGAUCCUUCCUUCAUUCCUUCCCAUGCAUCCAGCAAAAAUGUGGUGCUACUGUCGGAUGGUUUACAUGCCUAUGUCUUAUUUAUAUGGGAAGAGGUUUGUUGGUCCCAUCACUCCUCUCAUCUUACAACUGAGGGAAGAACUAUAUGCACAACCUUAUGACACCAUUAACUGGAGAAAAGCACGACAUAAUUGUGCAAAGGAAGACCUGUAUUAUCCUCAUCCAAUGAUACAAGAUUUGAUGUGGGACAGCCUCUACAUAUUCACAGAGCCUUUCCUGACUCGUUGGCCCUUUAACAAAUUAAGAGAAAAAGCUCUUCAAACAACUAUGAAGCAUAUACAUUACGAAGAUGAAAAUAGUAGAUACAUUACAAUUGGGUGCGUGGAAAAGGUACUAUGUAUGCUUGCUUGUUGGGUUGAGGAUCCUAAUGGAGAUUACUUUAAAAAGCACCUUGCAAGGAUCCCAGAUUACAUAUGGGUAGCUGAAGAUGGAAUGAAAAUGCAGAGCUUUGGUAGUCAGGAAUGGGAUACUGGUUUUGCCAUACAAGCAUUAUUGGCAAGUGAUCUCACAGACGAAAUUCAUCAGACUCUUUUCAAAGGACAUGAUUUCAUAAAGAAAUCCCAGGUCACGGAGAAUCCUUCUGGUGAAUUUAAAGCCAUGCACCGCCAUAUUUCUAAAGGAUCCUGGACCUUUUCAGAUCAAGAUCAUGGAUGGCAAGUUUCUGAUUGUACAGCAGAAGGAUUGAAGUGUUGCCUACUUUUAUCAAAAAUGCCAACGGCUAUUGUGGGCAGUAAACUGGAAGACAGCAGAUUGUUUGAUGCUGUCAAUGUACUGCUUUCCCUACAGAGUAAGAAUGGAGGACUAGCUGCAUGGGAACCUGCUGGGUCCUCAGAAUGGUUGGAGCUGCUUAAUCCUACAGAAUUCUUUGCAGACAUUGUCAUUGAACACGAGUAUGUUGAAUGCACUUCAUCUGCAAUACAAGCAAUGGUUAUGUUCAAGAAGUCAUACCCUGGGCAUAGGAAGAAAGAGAUAGAAGGUGCUAUCUUAAAUGCUGUUCAAUACCUUGAAGACAUACAAAUGCCAGAUGGUUCAUGGUAUGGAAAUUGGGGUGUGUGCUUCACAUAUGGCACUUGGUUUGCUAUUGGUGGUCUAACUGCAGCUGGAAAGACAUAUAAUAAUUGUGAAACCAUCCGCAAAGCUGUUGAUUUUCUUCUAAAAUCACAACGCAGUGAUGGUGGUUGGGGAGAAAGCUAUCUUUCUUGCCCAAACAAGAAAUACACACCAUUAGAAGGAAAUCGGUCAAAUUUGGUCCACACUGCUUGGGCCACAAUGGGUCUGAUUCAUUCUGGCCAGGCAGUAAGAGAUCCGACACCUCUUCAUCGUGCUGCAAAAUUGUUGAUCAAUUCUCAAAUGGAAAGUGGUGAUUUCCCACAACAGGAAAUUACAGGAGUUUUCAUGAAGAACUGCAUGCUACACUAUGCAGCAUACAGGAAUAUCUACCCAUUAUGGGCUUUAGCAGAAUAUUGUAGGAAUGUUCAACUCCCCUCCAAAAAGGUCUGAUAUCUACUAGUGGUGCAAGUCCAGCACGACGGCCUCAAAAAUGAGACGAGGCCAGAAUCCUUACUGCAGUCAAUUUCUAAAUUCUUUUGCAAAGGUUCGUUAAGAAAGAGCGAAUUGAUUGCAAAUUCAAGAACCUCUUAGAUUUAUGCCACUAAUUGUCCCCCCUUUUCUCUGUACUAGUUGUAAAUCACAGUUGUAAUCAUUGUCAACUUUCUUUUAUUAAUAAUGUAUUAUUAUGGUUCAUAUGUAAAUUUAAAUCUUAUAUAGUGAAAGUUA